GAAAAAAUCAUAUUGCAUGACCGCGCAAUCACUAUCAAGUAGUUUCAGUUAGUGCCAGCGAAGUAUGUCUGUUCCUCUCGGAAUACUGAUUUUCUCAAUUCUCCUUUGAACGUGGAUCAAUGCUAAUGCCCAUCGUUGAGAUGCUUUCAGGAUCAUGUUCGUCUCAGGUCGGUGAUGCUAUCGUCGGCGGUGCCUGGACUAGCGCUGGCAUUCCGCGUCUAAUGAUACAAUUCGAACCCUGCACCAAGGCUGUGCGAUUUUCAAUUCAACUGGCGCUCAUCGACCAAUUUUGGCCUGUGAUGCUAAUAAUCUUGGUACAUGCCAAUCAGCUGACUAGUGACUGGCUGUGAGGUUAUCAAAUUUAUCGAAUGAACUUCUAAUGGGCUCCUAUAGGUUCUGGGCCACAUUACGCCCACCACCCCGCUGACCGGUUGAUCGGUGACCCCAAAUCCGUGCGGGUUAGGGGGGGAUAGAUGCCGUAUGCAACCAAAAUAGGUUGAUGGCGUCUCUGGAUGGUCAUGCCCCGCAUAGUAUAAGUAUGGGACUAUCAAUCACAGUACCGAGCAGUGCUUCGUCUCCUACCCUGCCAAGCAUGUCUACCAUGGACAAUGGCGGUAAUCAUACCUUCAGCAAGAGUCGCAAGAAGCUCUCACAGCGACUCUAUCGUUCAACCGAGGCAGAAGACUUUGAACAACUGCGACAGAUCAUACAAGAAAUAACCAAAGAGAGUCCCCUCACAAGACAUGAUGUUCUGUUAAAAGCUAUUGGGAUCAUUAGGCAUCUUGAUAGAGAGUACCGGUCUCUUCUCACAGAACAUGUUGCGGCUUUGGUUCCUACUUGUCCCUCUGGCUCUUCUACGCCACAGUCUACUUUCUAUCCGUCAGCAUCGCAAUUUCCAGCUGAGAGUUGGUCAAUGAACCAUGACGUACAAACGAUGCCGAUGCAUCCACAUAUGCUACCUUCUCAAUCGCCAAAUAACAUCGCAUACAACACUUAUGACAGACAAAACAUGUAUGCUGUGCAUAAUUACUAUGGUUCACCUACCAAUCAUUGAUGCUCACUAUCUUUCCUUUUCCUUACAUUACUCAGUAGACUUGAUAGACAAGAAUGUGCACUGUACCGCUCAGUACGACUCAUCAGCAAAUACUAUUAUCAUACAGCGUUUAUAUACGGCUAUUUAAGCACUGACCCGGCACGAG